UCUGAGCGCACGCCCCAGCCGCGACGGCGCGCGCCACGGAAGCUCCCCGCCACCAAUGCAGGGGGCCAUCGCGCGCGCGGCGCUGUGCCCCAAGGCCCGCCGCGCCACGUUCGGCCGCCCGGCGGCACGCGUGCGCCACGUACCGAGAGGCCUCUCCGGCGGCGGCGGCAAAUGGUGCGUCGCGGCUGCCGCGGGCGAGAGGGGGCCCGACGUCCCGGGGGUCACGGACGCGCGCCCGGUGGCUGAAGGGAGGAAGCACGCGGUGGCGCUGCCAAGCGGCGCGCGGAGAGGGAGCGUGGCCGGCGCCGUGGCGCUGAUCGUCGGGACCAGCAUCGGGUCCGGCAUCCUCGCCGUGCCGCAGCGCACGGCGCCCGCGGGCUUCAUCCCGAGCGCGGCGUGCAUGGUCACGUGCUGGGCGUUCCUGGUGGCCGAGGCCCUCCUCAUCGCGGAGAUCAACGUCCACCUGCGCCGGAGGCGGGAAAGGGACGCUAGCCACAGCGGCGGCGGCGGCGGGGAACUGGACCUGGAGGUGAUCUCCGUGAAGAGCAUGGCGCAGGAGACGCUGGGCGCGUGGGGCGGGCACCUGGCCACCGCGGCCUACCUGUUCCUCUCCUACACGUCCAUGGUCGCCUACGCGUCCAAGUCCGGCGAGGUGCUGUCCCGCCUGGUCGCCGGCGUGCCCGAGCCCGUCUCCGGGGCCGCCUUCACCGCCGCGCUCGCGCUGCUCGUUGCCGGCGGCGGCCCAGGCGUCACCGACCGGGUGAACCAGCUGCUCACGCUCGCCAUGAUAGGUUUACUGCUGGCGAUUGAGGUGUCAGCAGUGGCGGUCGGCGGUGGCCUGAGCCUGCCAGCGAACGCCAACUGGGAGCAGGUCCCGGCGGCGCUGCCCGUGAUCAUCUUCACGCUGGUCUUCCACGACAUGGCACCAGUGAUCUGCGCGUACCUGGAAGGGGAUCUCGCGAGGAUCCGGCUGUCCAUACUGCUCGGCAGCCUCGUGCCGCUGGUGUCCCUGCUCGUGUGGGAAGACAUCGCGCUCGGCCUUGCCACGGACCUCACCGGGCCUGGCAUUCUGGACAUGUUAAAGACAGAUUGGAGCUAUACGGUGGUGGAGACCUUCUCGCUCCUCGCCGUGGGGACGUCGCUCAUCGGAACGCUGCUUGGGGCUUCCCAGUUCUUCAUCGAGCAGCUGACCAAUCUGGUCUCUUCAUCAUCAGCCCAGGAACAAGUAAAUAUAAAAGAAAAGAUGAACAAAGGCAUUGUGUUUCGCAAGGAAGAUGGAUCCGGGCAUCCUGGUGUGGCAGCAAUUCUGAAGAAGAACAGGCUCAGCUACAUCGCUACUGGGAUCGUGGUUGUGCCGACCAUGGUCAUCGCGGCUACUGUCCCGGAUUCAUUCUCCAUAGCUACCGACAUCGCAGGCGGAUACUGCAUGACCAUCCUGUACGGUGUUCUCCCUCCACUGAUGGCCUGGGCUAUCGGCUCCAAACUGUCCGGCACGAGCGCCGGACUCGCAGACGAGGAGCUUCCGAAAGACAUGAGGGGGGAGAUGGAAUGGGACAUGAGCAGCGCAAGUGCAAAGCCUGUUCUGGUUGGGAUGGGGGUGUUCUCUGUCCUCAUGGUCCUUGAGCAAAUGUUUCAGGACUUGCUUAGUUUCAACGCCUCUGUAGUUUCAUAAUUAGAUCAGGAAGCUUAUUUUUUGCCGCCAAUGUUGAUCUCGCGUUAACUACCGGUUGACGCAAGACUGUUAGGCCGGCGAUGUGAAUUGCAGUAGUGUGCCAUACAUGAAGGGGUUAGUCUAUGUGUUUUGGGGGUGUACUGCCAGUUUGGCCUGUGUUCUUUACCUUUGAGCCCAUUGCGCUGCUACUUGCGAAA